AUGUCUCGCACGAAGAAGAAGGCUCGCAGGGGCGCUGCAAAGAAUCUGCUGGCUCCAAAAGAGCGCGGGAAGAAUGAGAUGACCUCCAUCCAACUCGAAAAGAAACAGGUGGCCACGGGCGACCGUGGGAAAAAGCGAAAGCUCAACGAGUUCGACGAUGUCGACCCGCGCCCUUCAUCGAAACGAACCGCCUUUGAUAUGAAGCCGGAACAAACCCCAACACUAGACGACGCCCUUGACCCUGCCCUCCUCGCUGAUCACUUUGCGAAGUGCAUCCAAAAGUGGUUUCCAACCAGUAGCCCCAUCGAACUCGAAGACCGGUACCUACCCACGAAGGCUUUUGUUGACACCACGAGUUACGGAAGAGACCGAGUCGUUGCGAACCUUCCAGACUUUCUCGAGAGAUUUGCAACUGGCGGUAAAGAGGGCCUUUCUACCUGCAAUGAAGUCGCGACUCCACAUACCCUCGUCCUCGCAAUAUCUGGUAUGCGCAUAGCAGAUCUCAUACGACAACUACGAGUGUUCAAGACUCGGGAUUCCAAAGUCGGUAAAUUUAUGCCUAAACACAUGAAAUUCGAAAUGAAUGCACAGUUCUUGCGGAGUAAUAAAGUUGGAAUCGCUGUAGGCACUCCGGAGAGGCUGAAUCAGUUGAUGGAAGCAGGUGAACUGAAGACGGAGGGGCUACAACGAAUUGUGGUGGAUGGCUCUUAUCAAGACGAGAAGAAAAGCACCAUCUUCACAAACGGCCAAAUUUUUCAACCCAUGGUCGCCUUGCUCAAUCUCGAUAGCAUUCGUCAGAGAUAUGGAGCCGAGCAAAACAAGAUCGAUAUUCUCGUCUUCUGA